AACCCUCGUCUUGUUUAACUAUGCGUGACACGAAUCCGCAAAGGGACUUCUCAUGCCGCGAGCGGUGAUAGCCGUCCGACAUGUAAAUGCGUCUGUCCUAGAUAACACCGCCUCACAGCGUGUCAAAUCCUCCGUAGCCUGCGCUACGAGCGACUUACACGAGCCGAGCCACGGCUGACCAGUAAAACCGUAACACCAAGCCCAUCCUGGGUCGCUGAUCUCAUCCAUGCUGCACAGCGCAGUUGGGCCGCUCCGAUCCGCCUCUAGCUCUGGUUUGGGGGCUGAGCUUGACAUCAUGCCAGGGGCUAAGUAACUGACGGAGUAAUUAUCCGACAAACCCGGUAUAAAGGAAGCUUGCAUCCCACAUGCUGAAUCGGAGGGGAUUUAGACACGCCCCGCCUCGUCAUACCGUCGACAAUAGCUCCAACCCCAGCUACACCAUCACAGUUCGCCUUCAUCAUGGGUCGCCCAGAAGAAGCACAGGGCGACAAGUUGCCUCCGUACGGCGGAGAGAAGCCACCCGCCUACGACGAUGUUACGAGGCCGAACCAACGAAACCAGCAAAUCCAAGGCCCUCCGCCAUCGCAUCCGUCCUCCUCCGCCGCUGCCGGUCCCAGCCAAAGCCACCCACACAUCCCCCGCCAAUUCCCGCCCUCGUUCAACCUCUACCGCCGCGACUGGGGCUCCGGCCACUUCACGCUCGGCCAGCACCAGAGUGAGCCGCUGUACCUCUUCAGCUGGCACUCAGGCUUGUCCAGCGCGCCGCCCGUGGUGCUGCACUCGGGCCCGGUUGAGACGUCCCCGCCGCUGGCCGCCGCCGAGUGGCGCACCUUCGGCCCCUCGUUCGACGUCGAUCUGCCGCCCGUCCCGGGUUCCGGCGCCCGCUCCGCCCGCGAGGAGAUCGUCUGGUCGUCGCCGAGCGGCUUCGGCCCUGGCGCCUACCGCUUUGCUAUCGAGAUUGGGCCCUCCGCCGUGCGCGAGGCGUUUGAGUGGCGGCGCUCGCGGGGUGAUGCUAUCGCCAGUCUGGGCGGCGAAUCGACCGGGUUCAAGCUGGUCCGCCUGGCGCGGGGGCCGCCGGGGGGUGGAGGGACCGGCGGGGAUCUGAAUUUCGUCAGCGGAGGAUUCGUCGACAGUGCCGGCAAUGAGGUGGUGGCCGCGUGGAGCAUGGCCAUGGGCAGCAUGACCAAGGUGGCCAAGUUCCAGUUCAUGGGUACUGGGCUAACGGGUCUUCUGGGGGAACGAUGGGCUAUUAUAACUGUCGCUACAUUCCUGGCUCUCUACCAGAGGAUACGGCGUGCGCGCGAUUAGAGCGAGCCGCUUGGCAUCAACACUGCUAUUUGAGGGCUUGGAGCAUGACGGUUUUGUUUCGGUGUUAAUGGUAGUCUAUUUUUCUUUCAUGAUACCCAAUGAGGGCAGACAAUGUCUUCAUCAAAUGCUGUAAUUGUGGAUUAGAGUACAAAUAAAAACCCUUUCACCAUUGUG